AAAAUGGCGGCGCACGCAGACGAAAGCACGUCGCAGAGCAUGGCGGCAGAACCACCGUCACUUGACAUCCCCAAAGCCAACAUCUCCCGCUUUAAGAACAAGCAGAAGAGGUCGGAAGCAUACCGAAAACUCAAGGCUCAGUUGAAAAAGCAAAAACUGAAAGAGAAGGCGCGGAAGAAGAUGGAGAGAAAGGCUUCAGGUAGCAAGGCUCCGCCCAAGAAGGCCCCAAAGACUAUCGAGAACAUGAGGGUAUAUGAUGAAACCAUGGUGGAUCCAGAAGAUGAAGAGGUGGCCCAUGAUGAAGAACAUGAUGAGAUGGCACCCUACUUCAACCGUCAGACCCUGCCCAAAGUCCUCAUUACAGCAUCUGAUAUAUCAAGAUUUAAAUGCAAAGUCCUGUGUCGGCAGCUGCAGUCAUGUAUCCCAAACUCUGAAAUCUAUCCUCGGCGUCUCUCAGCCCUCAAGAAGGUUAUCCCGCAGGCUGUAGAGAGGGGUUUCACGGACCUCAUUGUCAUCAACGGCAACAAGAAGUUACCUGAUGCCAUGUUGGUGUGCCAUCUACCUAAUGGGCCGACGGCACAUUUCAAACUUUCCAAUGUCAAACUAAGGAAAGAGAUUAAGAAAUGUGGCGAAACCACAGACCACCAGCCGGAGUUAAUCCUAAACAACUUCAACACGCGACUAGGGCAUAGUGUGGGGCGGUUGCUUGCUGCCCUCUUUCCUCACGAUCCUGACUUUGUUGGCCGAAGGGUCAUCACGUUUCACAACCAGAGAGAUUUCAUUUUCUUCAGACACCACAGGUACAUCUUUCGGAAUGCCAAAAAGGUGGGCCUUCAAGAACUUGGUCCAAGGUUCACCCUCAAGCUACGAUCCCUUCAGAAGGGCACUUUUGACACCAAGUUUGGCGAAUACGAAUGGGUACAUAAGAGACAUGAAAUGGAGACAAGUCGGAGGAAAUUCUUUCUGUAGUUACUCGGGAAUCCAGUGGAUUUUUCACAUCUCGGCAUCUUCAGAUUUCGAUGGUCCUUUUAUUUGUGCACUCUGUCAUCUUGGGGCUGUGUUUACCCGCUGAAUCUUCCUCGCUUGGGGACAGAGACCUAAGGCAUUGAGGCACAUCGACCGACUCAACUUAACUUUCACUGGUUUUCAUCUGGUGACGCACAGCGAAGAAUCCCCAAGUGGGAAAAACUGGGGGUGGGGGAGGGCGUAAUCAUCAGGAAUGACAACUGCCGAGGAGGCACAUACAUGUUCAUCGUUCAUUUACCCAAGGCCGUUAUCCCUGGACGUAAUUGCGUGCCAUUCAUAUAUUACAUCUGCACCGUAGAGUAUGGCUGAAUUGCAACACUUCCAAAUUGGGAUUCAAUAAUUCAAUAAAUUCAGAAACUUAAUUUAAUAGUUCAAUAAAAACGUGCACUUAGAAUAUUGACCUAAUGAACGUCAGAAUCUCUGUACAUAUUAUUAUUUACUUCAGUGGGUAUAAUAAGACAUUCUCAUUCAAAAUACAGUUAUUCAGUACGCUGGUAAAGAAUGCUCUUUAGUCCUCGAUUUUCUGUUCGGCAAAAAUAAUAUGAAAGGUUAAUCUUCCUUUGAAACGUUGAUUUAUUUGAUUUUGAAGGAAAAUAAGAUUUGACCAUUAAUCAUACUACUCUUAGAAAGAUUUUAAGUUGACAUUAAGAAGAAUUCAGCAAGCAUAAAUUGAAAAGCAUACAUACAUCCAUAUAGAGGAAAAUUACUUUGCACAACUUGCUUUGUAAAAUUAUCUUGACCCGCUCAUGAGCAGAGAGGGAGUGAUGUAGGUAUCUGGCCCAUUGCCACUGAAUACGAGCCAUAUAGCACAUGUAUUAGCUUAGGAGUGGGAACCAGUCAUAGGCAAGGCACAUGGUAUGACUUUCUAGCUGGGUUAGUGUUUUCUCGAUAAGCAGAUACUUUCUUUACUUAGUAGUCUACGUUUGUGCUGAGUAGCAGUCGCUGACUGGAACAAGCCACAACUCGCGUUUACGACUUGGCUUUGGUUAAUUAACUUUUUGUAAAACGACCGAGUUGACCACGUUAAUGACUUGACUGGUUGGUUGCAUAGAAGCCGUCUGAAAAACAUGUUUAUAACAUCAUCUCAUCACACUUUGCGUUUUCCUACGUGCACUUUCUUCCUUAACCCUAACCUUCCUCAAUCCUCCAACAGGUGAAGGAUUAAGGAGGGUUAGGGUUAAAUAGCUGUUUAUAAAAUGCAUAUAACAUAAGAUAGAUUUCUGAAAAUACUGAAAAAUAGUCAACUGCACGUAAACUUGUGCCAACCUUUUCUUACUGAUAUUAUAAAUAAACUUUACAGUAUUUCUACGUAAAAAUCAAUGUACAGGUAUAACAUGAUAACAUUUCCAACGAUAAUCAACAAAAACAAUGUGGCAGUGCGAACGUUAAUGAAACUCAUGCAGUAAGUGCUGACACAUUUGCAACCACCGUGCCGUCUUUCUUUCUUUUCGGUUUUUUUAACUUCUCUGUCAGUUAUUACCGAUGGUGAAAGAAACGAAACAAACAGAUCCCGCCUGAUGACUUCCUCGCUGUCGACAUUCUACAAAAUAACCACCUUUGAUGUAAUAAUUGUUUGCAGAUCAUUUUGAGCACCAUACGUAUCUAGCAAUAUACCAUGGCAACCAUUUUCCAUUAUUUUUCUUUUAUUUCUACACUCUGUCAGACUAUAUGUGGACGCCCUCAAACUGUCAGCCUUGCUCGACGUGGUUCUCCAGCUUAAAUUAAUGCUGUUUCUGCAUUGUGUUAAAACUCUCUCCAAGUAACUGCACAUUACGAAAUUUUGGAAAACUGUCUCAGCAUCCGUAGUUGCCAAAAAAGUGACUCUCAAAAAUGCCAUGAUUGUACUUUUCAGUGAACGAAAAACAAUCCCAGAAAUAAAUUCUACAUGCAGAACCACGUGUGCCCUGCUAUCCGUCCAGUUUGUGAGGUCAUCUCAACAGUCUAGCCAUUGGCCCUUCUCAUCUUCUAAAACAGUAUUUUAUUUCUCCAUCCGAAGCUACAAGAUCCUUAGAACUGAUCAUCUUACUGUUGGAGGGUGCUGAACGCCCUAAAGAAGAAAAAACCUGAUCUUCCUUGAUAGUUCCCUAUUUAUGUUCGUAAUUGUUAAUCGAAAUUCUUUGUACAAAGAUGGGAAUGAAGGGUAGUUACCAGCUCCUUUUGCCUUUACAAUUAAAAGGUUAAGUACUGUAUCUAUGAAAUUACAUCUGUAAAGUUGGGUUCUCCUUAUAAUACAAUUCAGGUACAGAUAUAUAGUCACAGAUGCGAACGACAGUGUGUUGCAUUAUACCUUUGCGACCCGUGUAUGUUUUUCGUCAUCACUAUACAAAUUACAAAAUAUAUCUCUGCUUCCGGCCGGCCCAUCGUUUCCUUUUACUUUGCUCUAACAUCCGCUCUGCCCGAUAACCUGUCAACGCGGCACUGAUCAUUUCCAUGUAGCUAUCUGUAAAUCAUUUCAAUCCAUUCCUCAAUAUUCCCAUCCAAGAAUCCGACCCUCCUGUCGACUCCGGCAUUCGUUCACACAACUGUUAUUCACCUUUCAUCAAAUUCACCACCCAUCUGUAUAUUUUGUUUCUCUCCCCUUCUAUUGACCAAUGGGCCAACAAACCAAACAACCAGUCCGCCUGUAAAUAAAUAAGCCCUUCAACCAACCUCUUAAUUA